AUGAGCAGCAAUUCGUCCCCACCUGUGGCUCUGCAGCUCUGCUUCCCGAACGUGAACGGGUCCUGUGUGAAAACACCCUACUCUCCCGGGCCCCGGGUGCUUCUCUAUGUGGUGUUUGGCUUUGGGGCUGUACUGGCUGUCUUAGGGAACCUCCUGGUCAUGAUUUCCAUCCUCCAUUUCAAGCAGCUGCACUCACCAACCAAUUUCCUCAUCGCCUCUCUUGCCUGCGCUGACUUCUUCGUAGGCGUUACUGUGAUGCCCUUCAGCAUGGUCAGGUCCGCGGAGAGCUGCUGGUAUUUUGGGAGCAGUUUCUGCACUUUCCACACGUGCUGUGAUGUGGCAUUUUGCUACUCUUCUCUCUUCCACCUGUGCUUCAUCUCCAUUGACAGGUACAUUGCAGUUACCGACCCUCUGGUCUACCCCACCAAGUUCACAGUGUCUGUGUCAGGCAUUUGCAUCGCUGUCUCCUGGAUUCUGCCCCUGGUGUACAGUGGUGCCGUGUUCUACACAGGUGUCUACGACGAUGGGCUGGAGGAAUUAUCCAGUGCCCUCAACUGCGUAGGAGGUUGUCAGGUAGUUGUAAAUCAAAACUGGGUGUUGAUCGAUUUUCUGUCUUUCUUUAUACCUACCCUUAUUAUGAUAAUUUUAUACAGUAAUAUUUUCCUCGUGGCUAGACAACAGGCUAAAAAGAUUGAAAAUACUAGUAACAAAGGGGACUCAUCCUCGGAAAGUUACAAAGCCAGAGUUGCCAAGAGAGAGAGAAAAGCAGCUAAAACCCUGGGGAUCACGGUGGUAGCAUUUAUGAUCUCCUGGUUACCGUACAGCAUUGAUUCAUUAAUUGAUGCUUUUAUGGGCUUCAUCACCCCUGCCUAUAUUUAUGAGAUUUGUGUGUGGUGUGCUUAUUAUAACUCAGCCAUGAAUCCUUUGAUUUAUGCUUUAUUUUACCCAUGGUUUAAGAAAGCUAUUAAAGUUAUUCUUAGUGGUCAGGUUUUCAAGAACAGUUCAGCAACCAUGAAUUUAUCCUCAGAAUAA